CCGGCUGCAGAGCAGCGGAAACUUUCACGAGGGGAGAGCGAAACGCAAACAGAACUCGAGUCGGGCAUUCCGGGAAAUCCGAGGAACUUUUUAAAUCGAUUCAGAAACACCCUGUGUACCGAUCAAUAUUUGCACGGCACGAGUGAUCCGCGCGAGCCGUGUCAGCCGAUUUCCAAGAUUUGUGCGCACCUGUGACGCAUGUUCUCUCGCAUCUCCUCGUCAUCUCGUCGUCGAGAGGAGUAGCGAGAAACGUGAACUGACCGGGAGAGAUACGUGUGAGUAAGGCCGAUUCGAUGAAUUCGGGGCCCAGGCAAACGGGGGCUGACUAUAAAGCUGCUGAUCGACGCCGCCGCCAGCAUCAGUAGUCUAACUACGCUCGAACAUGAAGGUCUUGAUUCUGUUGCUCCUCGCGGUAGCCUGUGUCCUGGCAGACGACAAGUACACCACCAAGUAUGAUAAUAUUGAUCUGGAUUCGAUUCUGGCGAGUGACCGCUUGCUCAAAAACUACGUGAACUGCUUGCUGGAGAAGGGAAACUGCACCCCUGACGGCAGGGAGCUCAAAGAUAACCUUCCGGACGCGCUUGUCACUUCGUGCAGCAAGUGCAGCGAGAAGCAAAAGAAAGGCACCGAGAAGGUCAUCCGGUUUCUAGUCAACAAGAAACCAGAGACUUGGGAGGAACUUAAGAAGAAGUACGAUCCCACUGGCGAAUAUUCUGUCAAGUAUGUAGACGAUGCGAAGAAGCAGGGAAUAAACGCGUGAAUAAUUUAGAUUCUCAUCUCGCAAGAUAGGACUUUGAGAAAUCUAUCCUUUUUUUCUACCCAUACCGUCCAUAUCGAAUUGAAUAAAUCCGUUAGUUUGUUGAAAUUUAUUAUAUAUCUAUCAAUGAAACUUCAGGAACUACAAAGAAACUAUUGUGUUUUUAGAUGUUAAAAUAAACGAUAAUUGAUCGGUA